AAAAAGAAUUUGUAAGGAGCCUAGUGUGACACGUGACACGUGCAAAUUCGUUCCAAGAAAUUUUAUUUUUGUUUCCAUGGCGAUUCCAGGAAGAGAAGAGGAGGUCACGUCCGUCGUCACACGGCUCCGAGUCCGAUCCCCAGAUUAAUACCACGAUACUGUUCGCUAUGCCAUUGUCUCCCUUCUUCGUCUUCAACCUUUUUCCUCCUUCAAUUUUAUCAACCCUAAACGCUUCGUUAAUCGCGCGUACUCAAGUUUCAAUGGUUCAAGAUAUUCCAGGCAUGGCGCAACCAUGGCGAGCUUUCUGGUGUGAGAUACGAAAUCAUCUUUGCUGGAUCAACAUAUCUUUUCAUUUGGAUAAGACCGAGCUGAUGAAGAGUCAUUGUUCCUAUAGUGCAUCAAUCUUUUGUAUGAGGACACACUCAAAAGCAUUCUCCCUUCGAGAGGCCAAAGGUUGCUGUGCUACUUUCUUCUCUUCUAUGGGGGGUGGUUCGGAUCUUGGGACCACCUCUGCUGAUCAAGAUUCAAUUUGUGGAUAUUUGUCUGGAGAUUACGUCUGCAGAGAAUCCUAA